AUGCCUCUCCUCAGGAGCUUAGGGCCGGCGUCGGCAAGCCUGUUUUGCAUCAUUGGUCUUGUCCGAGCUGGAAGCUUGAAGGAUAUUGACCAUGUCGUCCUCUUCAUGCAGGAAAACCGGGCGUUUGACCACUACUUCGGCACCAUGGCGGGUGUUCGAGGUUUCGGCGAUGCGAAUCUGCAGAUGAACGACGGCGUGCCGGUCUGGAAGCAAUUGACCAAUCCCCAAUUGACCAACGAGACCGACUUCGUGACGCCCUUUUACAUCAACUAUCUCGGCGGCAACUGGACCGAAUCAACCCAAUGCAUGAUUACGGGGACCAACAGCUGGCAGGAUAACCAUGCCGCCUGGAAUGGCGGGAGCAACGACCAUUGGGCCGUGGGUAACAGCCCUUACAGCAUUGGAUUCUACAAGCGUCAGGAUAUCCCUAUUCAGUUCGCCUUGGCCGAGAACUUUGUCGAAGGUGUUGUUGCUGCCACCAAUCCCAACAGAGUGACAUGGCUCUCCGGCAGUGUCAACGCCCCCGGUGGCCCUCAGACCCCAGACCAAGGCGGCAACCCGUACAUCGACAACAACAUCACCCCGGGCUGUGAAACUGGCGGCUUCAACUGCUACCCCCUCAAGUGGAAGACUGUUGGCGAGUACUACGAAGACGCCGGUGUUGAUUGGCAAGUCUUCCAGGACGAGGACAAUUUCGACGACAACUCGUAUGCCAGAUUUCAGCAAUUCCAGGAUGCCGAACCCGGUUCCAGCCUGUACAACAGAGGCAUGAAGGGCCUCUCCCUCGACACCUUCUACGCUCAAGCUGCCAACGGCACUCUCCCCGAAGUCUCGUACAUUGUCGGCCCCAUGGAACUCUCCGAACAUCCCCCUUAUGCGCCUCACGACGGCGCCUGGCUGCAAUACCAGGUCGCCCAGGCCGUGCUCAACUCACCCAAGUACAACAAAACAGCCCUCAUCUUCUCCUACGACGAAACCGGCGGCUGGUUCGACCACGUCAGCCCCUACCACUCCCCGGCCGGCACGUCUGGCGAAUGGAUCCAGGACCCGUACGGCCAAGUCGGCUACACGUUUCUCGGCCCCGGCUUCCGGCUGCCCUUUUACAUCGUCUCCCCGUGGACGCGCAAGGGCGGCGUCUUCACCGCUCACAGCGACCACAACUCGCAGAUCCUCUUUGUUGAGAAGUGGCAGGCCGCAAAGGGACGCAACGUCACCACGGACCAGAUGGUCGGCUGGCGCCGCGAUCACAUGUCCGACCUCGUCGACGCCUUUGACUUUGACAACCCCGAUUACUCCAUCCCGGCGAUUCCCCCGCCGCAGACGCCGCACACCGAUUCCAACGGCGUCUACGACGGUUCGUCGUACUGCCAGGCUCUGUACUCGGACGUCCAGCCUCCCGUUCCGUAUACCGGCGACGGCGUGAUUGCAGACAUGCCCAGCCAAGUCGAGCAGGGGUUCAAGCCCAUGCGCGGGAUGCUCACCGAGGGCCGCCACAUUGUCCUCGAAGCAAACGGCUUCGCUCUCGCGCAAAUGACGACGUAUGAUGGCGCUCUUACUGUCAGCCAAGCCACCGCACGACACGACACGCCGUCUCAGCGCUGGAUUGCGCACGCGGUGGAGAUUGGAGGAGCGGAUUUCACGCUUUCUGACGAUGCGGGCAGCAAGUAUAUUUGCGAGUCGGGAGUUCUCUGCAAUGAUGCCCGGAAUGCGGUUGUCUUUACUGUGAGCUACAAGAGCGGGAGCGGAUAUGCGUUCAAUGUCAAGGGCACGCAAAGGUAUCUGUCUAUUGGCGGCGGAGGAUCGUCGAGCUAUGCUUCUUUGACUGGGGGGCUGGGAUACUGGCAGGCUUACAGUGUGAGUUAUUGA